AGAAAUUGAAGUGAAUGUUGUGAGGCCUUUGCUCGGCAGCGGCGUAGCGGCUACAAAUGGCUGCGCCGCGCAUUUUCCAGGAUGGCAAUCGAGCCGGAAGGGCCUGGACGCCGCGUUGUCGUUCUUGUGUCGCCGAUCUUGCGCGACAGCGCUCAGUUUGGUAGUGGUCUCCCGCAGGAGCUCGGGGGAACGCGCCCUACAACAAGCGCCGAGUCCGCUGGGCAAGGCCUUCGCGAACGGGGUGGGGUAUUCCGCGACUGGCGAGCGCAGUGAUCUCCAUCGGAAGGCGCAGGAAGUUGGCCCCCGUGAUCACACCGCGCAGGAGGAGAAGUGGCACUCGUGUGAGCAGGAGAAGUCGGCCGAUGCAGAAUUUCAGUCCUUCGAGGAGCAGCCCGAGCCCCCACAUGGCAGAAGUCCUUCGCGGAGCCGGCCGAUGGCAGCCAGGCGCGCGACCUAUCCAUCCAGCCGGGCGCCGGCGCGGCGCCUCUUGCCGCAGUGUUCCCCUCCCUGCGCCGCCCCCUUUCAGGCCCAUUUCUUGUAAGGACCCCCGGCGCCUUGUGCGGCCAGGCGCCAUCCCCACCCUGCGCAGCGGUCGGCAGCUUAAGAGGUCGCGCCCCGCCCUUUGGGGUGGGCUAGUGCCACCGUUACCGCGCGCGGACUGCCGUUCGCGAUAG